AUGACCACACCUGCAGUCGGCGCCGGCUUCGGCUCUGUGUCCUGGUGGGGUCUGUCUCCUGCGCUGGAUCUACAGGCUGAAAGUCCUCCCGUGGACCCAGAGUCACUGGCAGAGACAGAGCACAAGAUCCCGGAGUUGGAUGUCCUGCUGUUAGGCUCUGUGGAUGGGCGACACAUGCUGCGGACGCUGUCCAGAGCGGCGCUCUGGCCUCGCAGGAGAUUCAAUUUCUAUGUGCUGGAGAAUAAUCUGGAAGCUGUGGCUCGACACAUGCUGAUCUUCAGCCUGGCCCUCGAGGAACCAGAGAAGAUGGGGCUCCAAGAGCGAUGUGAGACCUUCCUGGAGCUGUGGGGGAACGCGCUGCUGCGACCCCCGGUAGCUGCCUUUGUGCGCGCCCAGUCUAGCCGCCUGGCCCAUCUGGUCCCUGAACCGGAUCGCCUGGAGGGGCAACUACCCUGGCUCAGCCUCCGGCCUCUCAAGUUCCGCGAGCGGGAUGCCCUGGAGGCCGUGUUCCGCUUCUGGUCAGGUGGGGAGAAGGGACCUGAGGUCUUCCCCAUGAGUCGCCUUUGGGACUCCAGGCUGCGCCACUACCUGGGUUCCCGCUACGAUGCCCGGCGUGGUGUGGCCGACUGGGACCUGCGCAUGAAGCUGCAGGAUCGAGGGGCCCAAGUCAUCCACAUCCAGGAAUUCCGACGCUGGCGGGACACAGGUGUUGCCUUUGAACUCAGAGACGCCAGUGCUUACCACGUGCCCAACAGGACCCUGGCGUCGGGUCGCCUCCUGAGCCACCGUGGGGAACGCGUGGCAGCGCGCGGGUACUGGGGGGACAUCGCCACGGGCCCCUUUGUGGCUUUCGGCAUCGAGGCGGACGACCAGAGCCUUUUGCGGACGUGUAACGGACAACCGGUCAAGACUGCGGGCGACAUCACGCUGCACAACGUUACAGAGCUGUUCAGAGAAGUGGCCGCCUGGAGGGGCCCGAGAGCCAUCCAGGGGUACCUGGAGGAGACGAAGUCGCCGGAGCCGGAUGCGCCUACUCAAGAACCCUUUACUAUGCACUUUCUGCCUCUGGAUUCUUCGCAGACUCUCCACCAUAAGACCUGCUACAAGGGCCGGUUCCAGCUGCUCUAUGUAGCCUGUGGGAUGGUCCAUCUUCUCAGCCCUGAGCUUGGGGCUUGUGUGGCCCCUGGAGGGAACCUCGUUGUGGAACUAGCUCGGUACUUGGUGGACCUGAGACCCAAGGAGUUGAAGGCGUUCUCUGACCGCGUCGGGGAGAUAGCGCGGGCCGCUGGGUUCGCCCCUCAUACUGGAGCCAUCCCCUCUGAGACCUUUGCACGCUUCUACAAGUUAGGGGACUCAACUCCGGGUGGCGGAGACUCAGCUGUGGAAUCUGGACCUGCGCCCUGCAAAGUCCUAGCCCCUCCUCUAGAGGCGAUGAGCCCACCCCACGCUGACCAGGCCCCUCUAGAGGUGAUGAGCCCACCCCAGGCUGACCAGCCCCUCCUCUAGAGGCGAUGAGCCCACCCCA